AUGGCGACAGUGUACAAGUCGCUUUCCAAAGCCAACGCUCCCAAGGAUGACGAUUCCUCCAGCCAUGGCCCCAGGAAGAACAAGCAGAGAGUCCUGGCACUCUCGUCGAGAGGCGUCACAUACAGGCAUCGACACCUGCUCAAUGAUCUAGCAGCCAUGAUGCCCCACGCGCGGAAGGACGCCAAGUUCGACUCGAAAUCCAAGCUAUACCAACUAAACGAGCUGGCGGAGCUGUACAACUGCAACAACGUCCUCUUCUUCGAGGCACGGAAGGGCCAGGACUUGUAUCUCUGGGCGAGCAAAGUGCCCAACGGCCCGACCGUCAAGAUGCACGUUCAGAACAUGCACACCAUGGAGGAGCUGCACUUCACAGGAAACUGCUUGAAGGGCUCGCGGCCGGUGCUGUCGUUUGACGCCGCGUUCGACAACGACCCACACCUCCUGGUCAUCAAGGAACUCUUCACACAUAUUUUCGGCGUGCCCCAAGGUGCGAGGAAGUCGAAGCCCUUCAUCGACCACGUGAUGGGAUUCACGGUCGCGGACGGAAAGAUCUGGGUGCGCAAUUACCAGAUCAACGAGGUGGAAAAGACUGGUGCUGAGGGCGAGGGCGACGAGGAAGCGGAGAAGGCGUCAAAGAAGAAGGCAUUCGGCGGGCGGAGCAAAGACACCGACAUAAAGCUGGCGGAAAUCGGGCCCCGUUUCGUCUGUACGCCUAUCAUCAUACAGGAAGGUUCGUUCGGAGGUCCCAUCAUCUACGAGAACAAGCAGUUCGUGUCGCCCAACCAGGUGCGCUCGGAGCUGAGGAGAAAGAAGGCAGGCCGUCGGAACAUCAGGGCCGAACAAGCCACGGAGAGUAUGGGAAGGAAGGGCCAGCUCGGCCUGAGGACGGAAGGGGGGAACAAGAAAUCGGAUGCUUUGUCGACCAAAGCCGUUUUUUCCUAG